GUCCCGCAGACUGAGGUCAGUCCGAUUCCAGCGAGCAAUCACUGCAGUGCUAACUGGUCUGGGAAGGAGGAGAUAGAGAGAGCGGAGCCACAAGCCCACAGGCAAUAUGAUCACACACGCGCCAAUGGAAUAAGCAACAAAACAGUUGGAAAUCGAAAUCAAUCUUCACCGUCCACGAGGAAUUCGAUAUUUUCGUUUUACGCACGAAAGAUGACGUUUGAACCUCUUUCCUUUUACGUGACGCAAAGUUUAGACACGUCCGGGUAGACAGACAACUUUAGUCUAGCUAUAUAUUUUAGGAUUUCAUUACGCGUUUAAGUUUAUCCAUUUCGACUUCAUAACCAGACAUUGCAUUUAGAUGUAUUGAUUAUCCUAAACCAACUGUCAGCAUAUAACUGAGGAUGAUCAUGUUUUCCCACGAGUUAUUCGUCUCCUUCCUCGCGGUUACCUGUCUGUUUAGGAUACCCAGAGCGUCUUCGGCGGCAUGUGAGCCCAUUCGGAUCCCUCUGUGCAAGUCCAUGCCCUGGAACAUGACGAAAAUGCCCAACCACCUCCACCACAGCACCCAGGCGAACGCAGUCCUGGCCAUUGAGCAGUUUGAAGGGCUUCUUGGCACCCAGUGUAGUACAGAUUUACUGUUCUUUCUGUGCGCCAUGUACGCCCCAAUAUGCACGAUUGACUUCCAACACGACCCUAUCAAGCCCUGCAAGUCGGUGUGUGAGCGUGCGAAAUGCGGCUGUGAACCGGUGAUGAAACGGUAUAAUCACACCUGGCCAGAGAGCUUGGCCUGCGAGGAUCUGCCAGUCUACGACCGGGGGGUCUGUAUCUCACCUGAGGCCAUUGUAAAAGCAGACGGACCAGACAACCCUUACUAUCAGGACCCCUCAAAAUGCUCACCUGAAUCAACUCCUGACUUUCCAAGUGAUUCUCACAAUGUCAACUGUAAAGGAGCCAACAAUGAUCGUUGCAAGUGCAAGUCAGUUAAACUGGGUCUCAAGACCUACCUAAAGAAUAAUUACAACUAUGUGAUUCGUGCAAGGGUGAAGGAGAUUAAAAGCAGGAAUCAUGACUUGAGUGCAAUCGUGGAGGUCAAAGACAUCCUGAAGUCUUCCUUUGUAAACAUCCCUCGUGAUAUGGUCACACUGCACUACAACUCUGGCUGUCCCUGUCCUCCUCUCACCGCCAACGACGAGUAUAUCAUCAUGGGUUAUGAGAAUGAGGAGAGGUCCAGGCUUCUGCUCAUCGAAGGCUCCAUUGCACAGAAGUGGAAGGACCGUAUGGGGAGGAAGGUGAGGCGUUGGGACCAGGUACUGAGGGACCAGAGCCGGGGGAACUCUGGCGGAAGCAAUAUGCGGAGGAGCCGCCACUGAUCAACCAAGACGCGUCCCUGUGCAGUGAUGAUAGGGUUGCAAAAUUCCUCUAACUUCCUAGGUUUUCCAGAAAUCUUGGUUUGAAGAUUUUGGGAAUCAUGAGGAAAUAAGCAAUCUGCAGUCGUUAAACCAGGAUUUAUGGAAAACCUGGGAAUUUGGGGAAAGUUACAGAAAUUUUGCAGCCCCAAGUGAUGACAUAUGGGACAACAUAUGGAGACAAAGAUGGAAAGAAAAGUGUUUGCAGACAUAAAACUGAGAAAUUGCACUAUUGCACGUUAUUUUUGAACCAUUGUCACAAUUUAGAUAAGUCAUAGCUGAAUGUAGAUCCUUUUUUAGUUGUUGCUUUGUUUCGUAUUAUUUUUGUUUAAUUCUUUGUUGUUUUCAUAAUCUUUUUUUUGCACAAAUAAAAUGUUCAUUUAACUGUGCUAAAUGUGUGGGUAUACAGUUGGAGAAUGAUUGGGAGCCUUGCAUGGGACUUUGCUGGAGGAGUGACAAUGACUGCAUCCCAAAUGGCAACCUAUUACCUACAGUACAAGUCAAAAGUUGGGACACACCUAAUCAUUCAAGGGU